UUCAGUUAUGAAUCAAACGCGAACGGGUUUAGUAAAGCAAAGUACAAUUUUAUUGCUCUUCUUUCAAAUAACAAAAGAAGUGAAUUUUCGUUAAAACAAAGACCAAUAAAAAUUCUAUAAAAUCAUAAAAAAUUUAAAGAAUUUCCUUAAAAAUUUAAAGAAAAUAUUAAGAAAUUAAAGAAAAAGAAAAAAUUUAAAAAUUUUAAUUUCCUAACAAGUGUUUAAAUUAAGAAAACAGCCAAAAAAUGGUUCAAGUAUUAUUGUGCAAUUCCAGCAUAGAGCAAUAUAAACAGGCUGUUAAACAAUUUAUUGAUCUCUGCAACAAUAUUGGUUCAACCUGUACCCCCAAGAGAAAUAUAUCACAGACUACCGCCGUUAAGUUCCUUUAUGCACGUAAAUUUGAUGUACCACGUGCUGUCUCCCUAUAUGAACAACAUGAACAAAUACGCCUUAAAGAGGGCCUUUAUAAUAUAGAUCCAGAUAUAGAACCAUUAAGAUCAGAAUUACAGACAGGCAAAUUUACAAUAUUGUCUGCCCGUGAUUCUAGUGGUGCCGCUAUAGCUCUAUUCACCGCCAACAAACAUAGUCCCUUAAGUGUCACGCAUACUACCACUCUGCAGGGUAUAGUCUAUCAAUUGGAUUGCGCUUUACAGGAUACAGAAACACAAAAAGCUGGUUUAGUUUUUAUAUACGAUAUGAGCGGUUCAAAAUAUUCAAAUUUUGAUUAUGAUUUAUCACAGAAAAUCUUAACGUUAUUAAAGGUAAGUACAAUUUAUUUAAAAGGAUUAGUUGAGAUA